AGCUCCUACCACCUGUGCUUGGCUCCACGUCCAGAGAAGCUGGGAGGAGAGAGGAGAGAGGGAGGAGGCGAAGGGAGGAGGAAAGCGGCAGCUUACACACGCCUUCCAGUCCCUCCACUCAGAGCAGCCCAGAGACCGCUGCGGGCGCCGCUGCUAUCGCUGCCACCGCCGCUACCACCUGAGGAGACCGCCUGGACCUGUCGCCCCACUGUUGCCCCUCCCGGCAAUUCUUUCCUAGCACCAGGCUUUUUAUGCGCACUGCCACUACCAUUAUUAUUAUUAUUCCAAGAGAAGGAAAAUAACAGACCAGCUAAAAAGAACCACGUAUACCUUUCCGAAUUACUCAAGUGUCUCCCGGGAAGAGAGGGUCGCCGGUCCCGGGAGGAGCAGCCGAAGGGGCCAAGGGCGGGUGUUGAAGGGGAGACAGGAGGAGUUGGGGCACUGCGUGGUGGAAAGUUGCGGGCGGCGGAGACCCGAAGGUGCAGCGCCACAGCCCAGGGGGCGGUGUGUCUGGGACAAGCCGCUGCCCGCUGCGUCCGGACCCGCGAGCGCGCGGGCAGCGCGGGGCCGGGGAGGACGCCCCCUCCUGCGGCGCGGACUCUGUCGGUGGUCCCCGAGGAGGAGGAGGAAUAUGGCAUCGAAGGCGGCCUCCUCCUGCCGUCUGGUCUUCUGCCUCUUGAUCUCCGCUGCUGUCCUUCGGCCAGGUCUUGGAUGGUAUACUGUAAACUCAGCAUAUGGAGAUACCAUUGUCAUGCCUUGCCGACUCAGUGUACCUCAGAAUCUCAUGUUUGGCAAAUGGAAAUAUGAAAAGCCUGAUGGCUCCCCAGUAUUUAUUGCCUUCAGGUCCUCUACAAAGAAAAGUGUGCAGUACGACGAUGUACCAGAAUACAAAGACAGACUGAACCUCUCAGAAAACUACACUCUCUCUAUCAGUAAUGCAAAGAUCAGUGAUGAAAAGAGAUUUGUGUGCAUGCUCGUAACUGAGGACAACGUGUUUGAGGCACCUACAGUAGUCAAGGUGUUCAAGCAACCAUCUAAACCCGAAAUUGUAAGCAAAGCCCCAUUUCUUGAAACAGAGCAGCUUAAAAAGUUGGGUGAGUGCAUUUCAAAAGACAGUUAUCCGGAUGGCAACAUCACGUGGUACAGGAAUGGAAAAGUUCUGCAACCCCUUGAAGGAGCGGUGGUCAUAAUUUUUAAAAAGCAAAUGGACCCAGUGACUCAGCUCUAUAUCAUGACUUCAUCCCUGGAGUACAAGACAACCAAGGCUGACAUUCAAAUGCCAUUCACCUGCUCUGUGACAUAUUAUGGACCAUCCGGCCAGAAAACAGUUUACUCUGAACAAGCAGUCUUUGAUAUUUACUAUCCUACAGAGCAGGUGACAAUACAAGUGCUGCCAUCAAAAAAUGCUAUCAAAGAAGGGGACAACAUCACUCUUAAAUGCUUGGGAAAUGGUAACCCUCCUCCUGAGGAGUUUUUGUUUUACUUACCAGGACAGCCUGAAGGAAUACGAAGUUCAAAUACUUACACAUUGGCAGAUGUGAGGCGCAAUGCAACAGGAGACUAUAAAUGCUCCCUGAUAGACAAAAAAAGCAUGAUUGCUUCAACAGCCAUCACAGUUCACUAUUUGGAUUUGUCCUUAAACCCAAGUGGGGAAGUGACCAAGCAGAUUGGCGAUGCUCUGCCUGUGUCAUGCACAAUAUCUGCUAGUAGGAACGCAACUGUGGUAUGGAUGAAAGAUAACAUCAGGCUUCGAUCUAGCCCAUCAUUUUCUAGUCUCCAUUAUCAAGAUGCUGGAAACUAUGUCUGUGAGACUGCUCUGCAAGAGGUUGAAGGACUAAAGAAAAGGGAGUCAUUGACUCUGAUUGUAGAAGGAAAACCUCAAAUCAAAAUGACAAAGAAAACUGAUCCCAGUGGACUGUCUAAAACAAUAAUCUGCCAUGUGGAAGGUUUUCCGAAGCCAGCUAUACAGUGGACAAUUACUGGCAGCGGAAGCGUCAUAAACCAAACAGAGGAAUCUCCUUAUAUCAAUGGCAGGUAUUAUAGUAAAAUUAUCAUUUCCCCUGAAGAGAAUGUUACAUUAACUUGCACAGCAGAAAACCAGCUGGAGAGAACAGUAAACUCCUUGAAUGUCUCUGCUAUAAGUAUUCCAGAACACGAUGAGGCAGACGAGAUAAGUGAUGAAAACAAAGAAAAGGUGAAUGACCAGGCAAAACUAAUUGUGGGAAUCGUUGUUGGUCUCCUCCUCGCUGCCCUAGUUGCUGGUGUCGUCUAUUGGCUGUACAUGAAGAAAUCAAAGACUGCAUCAAAACAUGUAAACAAGGAUCUUGGCAAUCUGGAAGAAAACAAAAAGUUAGAAGAAAACAAUCACAAAACAGAAGCCUAAGAGAGAAACUGUUCCACUUGUUGUCCAG